CACACGCGCCACCCGGAAGCCGCGGUUCAUACAGUUAUUGCCGGUGGCCCUAAGGAGCCCAUCAUGGCGACACCCCCCAAACGGCGGGCUUUGGAUACUGUAGGAGAGAAAGUGCUGCGGUACGAGGCCUUUAUCAGUGACGUACUGCAGCGAGACUUGCAAAAGGUGCUGGAUCAUCGAGACAAGGUAUAUGAGCAGCUGUCUGUAUACCUUCAACUGAGAAAUGUCAUUGAGCGACUCCAGGAAACUAAUCACUCGGACUUAUAUAUGCAGGUGGAUUUGGGCUGUAACUUCUUCGUUGACACAGUGGUCCCAGAUACUUCACGCAUCUAUGUGGCCCUGGGAUAUGGUUUUUUCCUGGAGUUGACACUGGCUGAAGCUCUCAAGUUCAUUGACCGAAAGAGUUCUCUCCUCACAGAGUACCCCUGGAAUGGCGUGAGUGCUUCACUAGUGAUGGACCCAUCUGUGACGCUGUGGCAGUUUCUGCUGCAGCUUUUGAGAGAACAAGGUAAUGGCCACAUCAUCUCUUGGACCUCACGGGAUGGUGGUGAGUUCAAGUUGGUGGAUGCAGAGGAGGUGGCCCGUCUAUGGGGGCUGCGCAAGAAUAAGACCAACAUGAAUUAUGACAAGCUCAGCCGGGCCUUGCGGUACUACUAUGACAAGAACAUCAUCCGAAAGGUGAGCGGCCAGAAGUUUGUCUACAAGUUUGUGUCCUACCCAGAGGUUGCAGGGUGCUCCACUGAAGACUGCCCACCUCAGCCUGAGGUGUCUGUAGCCUCGACUGUAGCAAUGGCCCCUGCUGCUAUCCAUGCAGCCCCAGGGGACACUGCCACUGGAAAGCCACUAACACCCAAGGGUGCAGGAAUGGCAGGCCAAGGUGGUUUAGCACGCAGCAGCCGGAAUGAAUACAUGCGCUCGGGCCUCUAUUCUACCUUCACAAUCCAGUCCCUGCAGCCACAGCCACAGCCACCCCUUCAUCCUCGGCCUGCCUCAGUGCUCCCCAACACUACCCCUGCAGGAGUACCAGCACCCCCCUCAGGGAGCAGGAGCACCAGUCCAAACCCCUUAGAAGCCUGUUUAGAAGCCGAAGAAGCUGGUCUGCCCCUGCAGGUUAUCCUGACCCCACCUGAGGCCCCAAACCAGAAAUCAGAAGAGUUGAGUCUGGAGCCAGGUUUUGGCCGUCCACUGCCCCCAGAAGUGAAAGUGGAGGAGCCUAGGGAAGAAUUGGAAGCUGUAGGAGCUGCGGGCUUUGGUUCAGAAACUGUCAAAGCUGAACCAGAAGUAUCGCCUUCCGAAGGCCUGCUGGCUCGGCUCCCAGCCGUUCUAAUGGAGAAUACAGCACAGGUGUGUGGCCUCUCUGCCUCUGCCAAUGAGAUUGCCCAACCCCAGAAAGGCCGGAAGCCCCGGGACCUGGAACUUCCACUUAGCCCAAGCCUGCUGGGUGGCCCAGGACCCGAACGAACUCCAGGAUCAGGAACAGGCUCUGGUCUGCAGGCACCAGGGCCAGCACUGACGCCAUCCCUGCUACCCACACAUACCUUGACCCCGGUGCUGCUGACACCCAGCUCGCUGCCCCCCAGCAUUCAUUUCUGGAGCACUCUGAGUCCAAUUGCACCCCGUAGUCCAGCCAAGCUCUCCUUCCAGUUUCCGUCCAGUGGCAGCGCACAGGUGCACAUCCCUUCCAUCAGUGUGGAUGGCCUCUCAACCCCCGUGGUGCUCUCCCCAGGGCCCCAGAAGCCAUGACUUACACCAACACCCCCUUUCUGGAGUCUCUCCAUUCAUGCUCCUGAACUCUCCAGCUAGCCAUCUCAAGGAGAAACAUAAUUCAACUGAAAGACUCGUGCUUUGGUUGUGAUGGGGUGGAUAUUCCUGGGAAAGAGGAUCUUUCACUAACUUCCACCCAAAACAGACAACUUCUUUCUUUUUUGCCAGCCUCCCAGUGGCCGCCUUUACACGUCUCCUACUUCAAUGGUAGGGGCGGUUUAUUUAUUUAUUUUUUGAAGGCCGCUGGGAAGAUUCUGGCCUAACCCUUUUAGGAGAGUGGGUAAGACAUCUACCCCAUUUCCUCCCCAUUUUUUCCCUAAAACAAGACAAUCAGGGUAUGGCUUGAUAAGGACCUUUCUUUAUUUAUUUCUCAGCCUGCCCUUGGGGAGUCAAGGGUUCCCUGUUUUUAUUUUGGAACAUGGGUUGAAGAGCUAGUUUGUUUUGUUUUAUUAUUCCUGGCCAUAUAUCUGAGUCCAGGGAGCACUUGUAUGAUUUAAUGGUUUGGGAGUUGUAACUAGGGAAGAAUCACAUUGUUAAAAUAGGAAUUGCUACCUCCCCAACCCUCUCAGUCAGCUUGUUCUUUUCUCAAGUAACCUUUUGGCCAGGGAGGAAUAUUCCUUUUAUUGUUCUUCCCCCUGAGAAGCCAUUCCUUUGUCUCCAAAUCCCUGGGGGCCUGCCUAUUACCUCCCAAUGGAGGGUUUUUUGGGGUGGUGGUCCCCGUCUGGGGGGCCCCUCCAGCCAGUUCUCCAGGGCUCUCUGUCUCCCAUCCUCUUCCAUUUUGAUAGUAUAAUCUAUUUUUAAAUGGGGCUUUUCAAUAAGGGAGAGGGAAGCAUCUCUUCCUGUAUCUGAUGGGUGGGUAGGCGGGUGGGUGGGAAGUAAGGGAUUUGGAGGCGGUCUUCCUGCCAACCCCAAGUGUUUAUUUUUGAUACCAAACGUGUAUUUUCAGCUCCCUCCCUCCCAGCCCCCCAAUUUCCUGCGGGCGGGUACAAAGGACCCUUUUAAGUGUCCCUGGAGUUGGGAGGGAGGAAUGGGGGACAUGAAGCCUGUCUUGUAUCAAUUCUAGGCUGGAGGGGUUGGAUUCAAAAAACUCCCAGGCUCACCUCCUGUCAGCACUGACCCAGACCAGGCCUGAAGACCUGUGGGUUGGUGAUUUGGGGGACGGUGCUACACUCGUCUCCACUGUUUGUUUUACUUCCCCAAAAUGGACCUUUUUUUUUCUAAGAGUCCCAGAGAUUGGGGAAUUGUUCCUGUAAAUAUAUAUUUUUAAAGGUG